CCAUAAUUAGACCAACAGGGAUUAGUGCUGCAAGAAUCUCAGACUGUUCACACAACAAAUCCUCUGCUUUGUGUCUUCUACAGCCAAAAGGAAGAUCGGCUCCCCAAAUCACAGCUACCCCCCGGGAAUACCAAUGCAGCUGAUCUACCUGUGAUGUGAAAUAGGGAGGCAAGCCAAAGAGAGGGGAUAAAGGGAGGAUUCCAUCACUUAUUUUUUUACGAUUAGAAAAUGGCAGUUCUCAAACUAAAGUUUACCAAGACACGGAGGGGAAAACUAGCUCAAGUUCUAUGGAUUUUAAACUGGGUGUCUGUUGUGACUGGACUAAUUAUUUUCAGUUUGGGUCUCUAUCUGAAAAUUGAAAUUAAGAAACGAAGUGAGCUGAUGAUCAGUAAAGACCUUCAGACAGUUCCCAACAUGCUUAUUGCUGUGGGCACAAUUGCUUGUGUCAUCAAUUUCUUUGGUGGAAAGAUCUGUUAUGAUUGCUCAGAUGCCAAUAAAUUCUCCAGAUGGAAGCUGUUCAUGCUGCCCUAUAUCAUCUGCACCUUCUUCUUUACAUUCUGCGUGUUUGCUGGAGCAAUCAUGUGUUAUACUAUGAGGAACGAACUGGAAUCUGCUCUGUACCGUGGACUUAAAGAUGCUUUAAAAUACUACAAGGACACAGAUAUCCCCGGUCGUUGCUUCCUAAAAUCUACCAUUGACAUGCUACAGAUUGAGUUCCACUGCUGUGGAAACAAUGGAUUUAGGGAUUGGUUUGAGAUCCAGUGGUUGUCUGCUCGUUAUUUGGACAUGAGCUCCAAGGAGGUCAUUGACCGUUUUAAAAGCAAUGUGGAUGGAAGAUAUUUACUUGAUGGAGUUCCUUUCAGCUGCUGCAACCCCAGUUCUCCCCGUCCCUGCAUCCAGUAUCAGAUUACUAACAAUACUGCUCACUACAAUUAUGACUACCUAGCAGAAGAGCUGAACAUCUGGCUCCGUGGCUGUAGGGAGGCUCUACUGGACUACUACGACCAGCUCAUGCAGACUAUCGGCCUCACUGUCCUCCUUGUAUGGCUCUUUGAACUCUCAGUACUCACUGGUGUACGUUACCUUCAGACUGCCAUGGAAAAUGUGCUGAUACUGGGAGACCCAGAAAGUGAAUCCCAUGGAUGGUUACUGGAGAACAGCUGUAUGGAAACUGCUAAACAAAAUAUCAAAAUUAUCAAGAACCUGGGUAAAUUCAACCAGAUUUCUACACUUUCUGGGAAAUCUGAUCCAAAUGUGGAUAUACCAAUAGCGGAUUAUGGUCCAGAUAAUGUUCCACCAGGCUCCAUCCCCACAGUUAGCUGACCACAAUAUGUGUGAUGAAACUGUUUAUAUUUUGCACUGCAACAGCUAUUUUCAUGAAGUUGUAAUAUCGUUUGUGGUCUCUUUACAUGACUGGAAAACAUUUACAAAAGUACUAAAUUAAGGAACUUGAAUUGGAUGUGCUUCUUGAAGCAACAGCCAUAAGCCUGAUGUAUUCAUGUAAUACAGUGAGACGGUUUGUUGGAUGAUCUUAGAAUAAAUUUGUAGGGGAAAUCUACAAGAGUCACAUGAAAUGAAUGUAAAUCGUACAGUAAGUAAAUAAAAAUAUGUAACUCAUGUAAUGAAAAUUAAUAUUAUUAGUAGUUAUGUUUUCUAUAACUGAUAUUUUAGAAUUGUAAAGCUUACAAUUGUUUGUGUAUAUAUAUAUAUGUUACAUUGUAAACAUGGUUUUCUACUGAAAGGAGAUUCUACAAAUUUAUAUUUACUUGACAGCCAUGAAAAUUCUGAACAUCUGGUAACAACGUGAAAACAAUAUAAACAGUUUAAAAAAUGUGUUUGCUUGGCGUUUGUGGAUAAAAUCAAUGUGUGUUAAAAUUUAAACUUUAAAGAAAAAAAUUGUCUAAAAAGAUAAACACAAAAAGAAACCCCGUUUAACCUUUAUUAAAAUAUAUUUUUCUGUUAUUUAUGUUGCCGUUUGUACAACUCCAAAAAGUUGGGAAGCUGUGGAAAAUCUGCAUAAAAACAAACAGACUAUUUACAAAUCUCAUAAACCCAUAUUUUAUUCACAAUAGAAAACAUAUCAAAUGUUUAAAAUAAGAAAAUGUACCAUUUAAAGAGAAAAAAUUAGGAAAUGUUGGCAUUGAUGGUAGCAACAGGUCUCAAAAAUGUUGGGACAGGGCAACAAAAAGAUGCAAAGUAAGUGGUAAAAAAAUAAAUAAAAAAGAUCUGGAAGAACAUUAUGCAACUAAUUAGGUUAAUUAGCAAUAAGAAUGCGUAUCUGAACAAGAUCCAGAAAUGCUGCUGUCUUUUCUGGGCCAGAGCGCAUUUAAAAUGAUCUGUUGCAAAGUGAGAAAACUGUUCGGUGGUCGGACAAACUAAAAUUUGACAUUCUUCCGUGGGCACCGUGUCCUCUGGACAAGAGAGGAAAUGGGCCUUCUGGCUCAGUUCAAAAGCUUGCAUCUCUGAUGGUAUGAGGGUGCAUUAGUGCAUAAGGAAUGGGCAGCUUGCACAUCUGAAAAUGUACCAAUACUGAAAGAUAUAUCCAGAUUUUAGAGCAGCAUAUGCUCCCAUCUAGUCAAUGUCUUUUUCAGGGAAGGCCUUGCAUAUUUCAGCAGGACAACACUAAACCACAUACUGCAUUCUAUGACAACAGUAUGGCUUUGUAGUAGAGUCUGGGUGCUCUUCUGGCCUGUCUGCAGUUUAGACUUUUCACCACUUUAAAAUAUUUUGCACAUCUUGAAGUUAAAAUUAUGACAAAGAAGAUCUAGGACUGUGUUUCCUUCGGAGAAGUUCAUUGUUGCAUCAAUGUAAAGCUUACUAGCAUUCUCCUAGAUACACAC